GCCUUGUCUAUCACUCUCAUUCCCGCCUCGCUCCGCUCCACACCUCCUCGCCCAUCAUGGCGAGCUCGAAGCGUCUCACGAAGGAGCUGAUGGACCUGAACAACACUCCGCUUGACGGCAUUGAGAUCACGCCCAACGAGUCCAACAUCUACAAAUGGACCGCCAAGCUGCACGGGCCGGCUGACAGCCCAUAUGCUGGCGGCGUCUUUGUGAUCGAGCUCGACUUCCCCAUCGAGUACCCGUUCAAGUCGCCGCGCCUCAAGUUCGCCACGCGCGUCUUCCACCCGAACGUUGAUGAAGAUGGCAACAUGUGUGUGGGUCUGCUGAAGUCGGAGGCAUGGAAGCCGAGCACGAAGGCAGCAACGAUCCUGCUCUCGAUCCAGCAGCUGCUUGCCGAGCCGAACCCGGAUGACGCGCUCGUGGCAUCGAUCGCGGAGAUGUACAAGACAGACCGGGCCAAGUUCAACAAGACGGCGCAGGAGUACACGCGGAAGCACGCGAACGCCUAGAUCUUCUCGCGCCCGCUGUCCCGUUUAACGCCCGCCAUGUCCCUGCUACGACCCCUCCCUGCGGCGCUGGGCCGCCGGGCUCGCAGGCGUCCGUCGGCUCUGGCCUUGCCGCGCGCGCUGCGUGCCGCCUGUCCGCGCCCGUCGCCUCUAGUCCCUUCCCAAGCCCCCCGUGGCUCGGCGCCGUGCGCAGCUGCGUCGCCCGGGCCGUGCCGAUUGACCCUUCAUCUCAAGCACACUUCAUCCCAUCGCUGCGAGCUCCGUAAUGAAAGUCUAAUCACAC